CAGUGCAUAACUCCUUCGCAGGACUCGUACAAUUAGUAUCCAUCAUAAAGUGACGUAAGCAGAUAUGGCAAAGCACAUCUUAAUAUUUUCCACAAUUUGCUGUACUCUAUGGAUACUUUUUGGUGAAGCGAAUGGCAUAGACAAUGUGCACGUAGAGGUGAAAGGUAAGCAGCGUACCAGACGUGAUGUGGCAGAACAAAUACCAGAAGGUACUGAAGUGCCAUUAAUUGGUGGAACAGAAGAACUGAACGAGAGCAAUAAUAACAAUAAGAUUGAUAAAAUAAUGAAAAACUUUGAUUCGACAAACGAACUGAAUCUAGUGAAACGUGCUCCAAGUGGUUUUACUGGAAUGCGUGGCAAGAAAGAAAACAAUGAUGUAAGCCUACAAGAUAGCAAUUACGGGCCCAUAGAUCCGAUUGAGUACACAUAUAACAUGGAUGAAGAUUAUAAUGAUGCCUUCGGUAUUCGCUAUAAAAAAGCACCGUCCGCAUUUUAUGGUGUACGUGGUAAAAAGUUUAAUAUUGGCAGUAAGGACACAAAUCGUCUGGAUUCGUUAUUGCAACAAUUCGAAGAGCAACGUUUACGUGAGGUUCUUUUAGAAGAUUUUAUAGAUCGAUUAGCCACCGCUACUGUUUCACAAAAUGAAAUAAAUAAACGCGCACCUACUGGUUUUACAGGCAUGAGAGGUAAACGUCCUUCAGUAAAUUAUGGUUAUGAAGAAAUUGGUGAAGAUGACGGUAUAUCAAAACGUGGACCUUCGAACGCUUUCGUUGGUGUGCGUGGCAAAAAAGAUGUUGAUCAUCAGACAUAUAAGAGAGCAGCAACGCAGAAAUUUAUUUAUAAUUUUCUUAAAAAGUCUCUAAAUUCACGUGGUAAGAAACAACGUUUUGUGGACUUUGGAAAUAAAUUCGUCGCAGUACGUGGCAAAAAGAAUGAACUUGAUUCAGAACCCACAGAUGAUGUACUUGAAAUAAAACCAAAUAGACAAAGGUACUAUGUCAACAUUUUGCCGUCUCUACUAUAUGACUCAUAUGCUAAACGUACUCCAAGUGGAUUUGUUGGCAUGCGGGGCAAGCGGGCAGCAGUUGACUCAAAUGUUGCCAAUAAAGACGACAAAGAGUGAAAUGAUUCAAUCGUUGCCUACAAAAUACAUUUUUUUAUUGUUAAAUUUAUAU